GUCUAUAAAAUAUAUCUAAUGUGACAAAUAGUUUUUUGAAAGUGAAGGAAUAAAUUAUAUUAUUGAAUAAUAUAGUGAAGUGCAUGCAAUUUAACCUCGACGUUUAUAACCUAUCUAAAAUUUGAAAAACAUAUCGUGUAUAAUCAGAUUGUGAGACUGGGUAUUAUAAGUUAAAAUCUUAUAUACUUCUUCAAAUAUAUAUUAUAGUUUAAUUUAGAUAUGUAAUUUAUCUAAUUAUAAAUGUGUAUAUAUUCAUCUAUGUGUAUACUGUUCUAAACAUUAAUAUUCAUAGAUUUUAAAAACAUCGACAGAGACACGUGAGUGAAUUUUUGUUUAUUACUUAGAAAAGUUUUGUUAAUGUGGAUUGUUAAUUAAUAUACGGAUCGUUUAAUAAUAAUGGUACGUAAUAAAAGACCAGUUCGUGGAGGAAAAAGAAAAUUUCACCGGUUUGAUAAUCAACCGAAGCCGAAAAAAGGUAAAUUUAACCUAAAAGAGGCUUCAUAUGUCAAAGAUCGCAAUGCAAAAAAUAAAGAAAUCGAGAAACGUAGACAAAUGUUGGAAGAAGAAAAAUUACAACAACAACAAAACGCAGAAAGUGACGAUUCUGGCGAUGAACAAGAAAAUCCAUUACAAAAUUUAUUAUCUUCAUUUUCGAAUACUACCAAUUUACAAGUAACUGCUAUUGAAUCUAAUUCAGAAAGUGAGAAUUCUAGUGAUGAUAUUGAAGAAAAUGAUAAAGUUAGUGACAAUUUAGAAGUUCACUCUAACAAUACAGACGAAGAAGCAGAGUUGAUGAGUGAUAAUGAAGAAAUAAAAAUGAAAGAGGUCGACGAAGAAGAUCCCGAAACUGCUAAAGAAGAUGCUGGUUAUUUAGAAGAUCCAUUUUCAAUUCAUCUCCACAAUGAUUUGAGUGAUGAACUUUAUAAAGCAGUUUCUAAUGUUCCACAAAUUAUGGAAACACAAAAGAUCACGUGGCCCGUUUUAGGCAAUCUUAUGUGCCAAAUACCAAAAUCCUUAGAUGAUACAAAAGACACAAUGAAAGAAUCAAAGAUUUCUGUUUUAGAAAAUAAACAGUUUGCACAGUAUUGUACUAUUCCUCAAUUGAUUGAUAAUGUAAAUUGGAAUAAAUUAUACAUAAAGUCUCAAAUUCAAGAUAAUCUUGCCAAAGCAAAUUAUUCAAAUAUAAAGGAUAAUGUGAAUAUAGAUUCAUCUCCUUUGACUCCUUUACAAAGGGAAUUAUUUUCAAUAAUAAAUAAUUAUCAAGAUUUAUAUUAUCCUGAAAGGACAUUUUCUAAUACAGAUCAAAUAAGAUUUAUAUAUUGUUUACAUGCAAUUAAUCACGUGUUGAAAACACGAACAAAGGUAUUGCACCAUAACACAAAAAUAACAAAGUCAAAAUGUACAAACAUGGCAGAAGUACCAGAUGAGUAUAGAGAUCAAGGUCUAGUGAGACCAAAAGUUUUAAUAAUAGUUCCUUUUAGGCAUUCAUGUCUAAAAAUUGUCGAAUCAUUAAUAUCUAUUCUAAUCGGAGAAGAUAAAGGUGGCUCGGUAAUGAAUAAAAAUAGAUUUAUGGAAGAUUUCAGUGGUAACGAAUUAAUAAUGCCGAAAAAAAAUCCAAAACCUGAAGAUUAUGAAUUGACAUUUCAAGGAAAUACAGAUGAUACCUUUAAGAUAGGAAUUGCUAUUACAAAAAAGACUUUAAAACUAUAUUCAGAGUUUUACUCUUCUGAUAUAAUAAUUUCAUCCUUAUUAGGUUUAAGAAUAUUAAUAGGUGCAGAAGGUGAAGCAGAUAGAGAUUAUGAUUUCUUGGCAUCGAUAGAAUUAUUGAUUCUUGACCAAGCAGAAUUGUUUUUAAUGCAAAACUGGGAUCACAUGAUACAUGUAUUAAAUCAUUUACAUUUACAACCAAAAGAAUCUCAUGGAACAGAUUUUUCUAGAAUAAGAAGUUGGUGUGCACAUGGAUGGACUAAAUACUAUAGACAGACAUUAAUAUUUUCAAGUAUUCAUGUACCUGAGAUUUAUGGAAUAUUUAAUAAGAAAUGUUACAAUUAUGCAGGGAAAGUAAAAAUAAUAAAUCCUAUUUCUUCUGGAUCUAUUUGUCAAGUAGUUGUACAAAUUCCACAAGUGUUUCACAGAUUCAAUGCUUCCAGUCAUUCUCAAGCUUUGGAAUGUAGAAUGGAAUUCUUUAUAUCAACUAUACUUCCUCAAUAUAAGGAUAGAAUAAUGAAUCAUACAUUAAUUUUUAUACCAUCUUACUUUGAUUUUGUGAAAUUACGAAAUUAUUUAAAAAAAGAAGAAUAUAAUUUUGUGCAAAUUUGUGAAUAUUCCAAAGAUGCAAAAGUAGCAAGAGCAAGAGACAUGUUCUUCCACAGUGAUGCACAUUUUCUUUUAUAUUCGGAACGAUUUCACUUUUACCGUAGAAUAAGAGUGAAAGGUAUAAGACACAUUAUAUUUUAUGCACCACCAAUCUUCUCUCAAUUUUACACAGAAAUGUGUAAUUUAAUGCAAGAAGCCUAUCAAAAUCCACAAUCAGGUUCUGAAAGUAACAUGACGGUUACUAUUUUAUAUUGUAAAUACGAUAUUAUGCAGCUUUCUGCAAUUGUAGGAGCUGAAAGAGCAAAUAAAAUGCUUGGAUCAGAAAAAUCUAUCCACAUGCUUAUGACUGGUGAAUAGAAUAUAUAAAGUAUGUAAAUAUAUUUUGUAUAUUUAUAUCUGUAUUAAAUGUUAUUAAUAUUGUAGCUAUUAAAAUUAUUAAAUAUGUAAAAAUUUAUUAUAAAAA